AUGUCACUUCUACGAGGUCAGAUUUCCCACGCAAUUCUAGCAAAAAGAGAAGACUCCCCACUAUGGACCGCCAAAUACGACUUGGGUAUCACCGGCUUCAUCAUCACAGCCUCUGCCAUGCUUAUCCUCAUGAUCACUGGUCUUGGGCUCCUUUACUCUGGUCUUGUGCGUCGUAAAAACGGGUUGUCCCUCUUCUUCAUUUGUAUUGCUAGUUCCUUUGUCGUCACUUUCCAAUGGUAUUUCUGGGGUUAUUCGCUAGCAUUUUCAUCCACCGCAACCAAUGGGUUCAUUGGUAACCUCGAUUCUUUCGGGUUUAAGAACUUGUUUGAGGCAAGAACUGAGAAUGCUGAAUAUCCAGAACUCUUAUUUGCAAUCUUUGAAGGGUUUUUCGCCGCGGUUGCCUGCGUCAUCACCGUUGGUGCUAUUGCCGAACGUGGGAGAAUCUUCCCUUCUUUGAUUUUCAGCUUUGUUUGGGCCACGGUUGUGUAUUGUCCAAUAGCUUGCUGGGUCUGGAACACUAAUGGUUGGGCAUACAAGUACAAUGUUCUCGAUUACGCCGGCGGUGGGGCGGUGGAAAUUGCUUCUGGGUUUUCUGGGUUUGCUUAUUCCAUCGUUCUUAAAUCAAGAGACUUUACAGAACCGGUCCAAAACUUCCGUCCUCAUAAUAAUUCUCUUAUCGCGUUGUCCGGGAUGUUACUUUGGUGCUCAUGGUGUUUUUUCAACGCCGGUACCGCCCUUGCUCCAAACAUGAGAGCUAUCGUGGCCCUCAUUAAUACCAAUCUUAGUGGGGUUGUCGGGGCGUUAACUUGGUGUUUUCUUGAUUGGAGAAUUGAAAGAAAAUUCUCACUUAUUGGUCUUACCUCUGGCCUCAUUUGUGGGUUGGUUGCCGCUACUCCAUCAUCGGCAUUUAUUCCACCGUGGGCUUCAGUAAUUCAAGGUAUUGUUUCCGCCGUGGUUUGUAACUUUGCCACUGGUCUUAAGUAUCUUAUUGGAGUUGAUGAUGCCCUUGAUAUUUUGGCAGAACACGGUCUAGCAGGGGUUAUUGGUUUAUUAUUCAAUGCAAUCUUUGCUGCCGAUUACAUUAUCACUCUUGAUGGUGUCACCGAACACGGUGGUGGUUGGAUCACCCAUAACUACAAGCAAUUAUAUAUCCAGGUGGCGUUCAUUUGUGCUGCUGCAGGAUACUCUUUUGUGGUUUCAUUGAUAAUUUGCUACGUGAUAGAUAUCAUCCCUGGUUGUAAAUUAAGAGCCUCUAAAGAUGGAGAAAUGACAGGUAUGGACGAAGACCAAUUAGGUGAAUUUGCUUAUGAUUAUGUUGAAAUAAGAAGAGAGUUUUACGAUUGGAAUAAUACUUUGGGCGGACUGUCGCCUGCACCAGAGCCUGAGACAGUUCCAGAACCCAAAGAUGGCGAUCUUACAAAUGCUGGCACAAGUAUCGAUGAAAGAGAGAAAUCAAGCCAAGGUGAAUCCUCUGUUGAUAAAGAGAAACAAGGCCCAGUAGCUCAGUGA